AACAUCGAGCAAUUCGAACGGCUGUUCCGCUCUGUGAUUGGCUACUGAGGCUUGAACUAUUUAAAACGGUUUCAGCGGGUUGUUGGAAGGAUUGCUGCUGGCUUCCCUGAGUGCUAGCAGUCAAGUAUUUACACGCGAAAGUAGGGAUCGUUACCGUUUAGCUCGUUUUUUAAAUGUAGGUAUGCGAUUGAUUUAGUUUUUGUAAAUACCAGAGCAAGUCUUCGUAGCCGUUUUAAAGAAACGUGGAAAUUAAAGGCUGCCACCAUGAGCUCCGUACUGUCGUCAGUGCAUUCCCUCAUGCAGAUGUUUGAUGGGAAAGCGCAGGAAUUCAUAAGGGAGAUCGAAAAUGUCCACUUGGUUUGGCUCAAAGAAAUCCAACAAGAGGCCAAUUGUGUGUUCUCUAGCGACUCUAAUGCUGAACCGGAAUUGAUGCCAAAAACACCGUCACAGAAAAAGAACAGCCGUAGGAAGCGUGUGUCUUUAGGGCGUCAAGAGGAAGGUCAAGCAAGGAGAAGGUUCUCAAAAGGAAAGCGUAGCAAUCUUCGUGGAUCAUCUGUUAAAUCUCUGAACUUAAUUGCUGAAGAAGAAACUAUCCCUGAGGCUUCAGCCUCAAAGGCCAGUAACGCCGUCCAGCCAAAACGCACCACUCGUAAAAACAAACAAACAAAUCCUCAAGAUGUAGAAGAUGAGAUCCUGUCAUCCGGUGACACCAUUAAACAAGAUGAGGUGCAGAACAAGAAGCCAGAGCUAGUUGAGGAAGAAGAUGAAGUGGACAAAAUUAAAAAAGUGAAAGAUGCAGAAAUCAAAUCGGAUGAUGGGUGCAACACUUCUCAGUCUCCUCCAAAGAUACCUUCGCCUAAGUUAGUCGUCAGCAUCUCAGCAGAGGAUCGCUUGUCUGCCGAGCUCGCCAAGAAACCAGAGGCCUCUCCAGGUCGUAUGGCUACAAAGAUGGCAAUAGCUGAUGUUACUCGGCGCUCAAGGCGGAGCUCUGCACGUUGCUCCCUCAAACUGCGCCACUCACUGGCCGGUCUUCGUCACAGUAUGACCCAGGAAUCUGUUCGCCGGGCUUCACGCCGCUCUAUGCUUAAAAGGAUGUCUACUCGCAUGGGAAACUCCACAAGCAGCAGCAACAGCAGCAAUGUUGGUGGAGCAGAACCUUCCAUUGAUGCUAUGGAUGAGGACGAUGGAGAAGUCCAAACCGAGACAUUAACUGCAAAUGCUGUCGAUGAUUUGCCUAAAAAGACAAAGGAAGCGCCAGAGCCUGAUACCAAGCUUAAGACCAGUCACAAUGUCCCUGUGUCUGGUUUGGAACGCGUAACCCGCUCUGUGGCGGCUAAUUCUCCCAAACUGGCACCCCCUCCGUUGUUUUGCUCUGAGACAAAAAUGAGCACUCCUGUCAAGAAGUCGGUGGCUGCUGACAAGAAACAGACCCAGGCAGUUCGAAGAUCAAGCCUCAGUACGAAACGGAAAGCCCCGGAUACCGUGGAAGACAGCCCUUCAAAGCGGUUCUCUCCGCCGAAGAAAAGCCAAAGUGCAAUCAAACCGAACAUGAGGUCUUUUCUUCACACUGUGCAUAAGAAUCAAAUGCUGAUGAUGACUCCUACCUCUGUUAACCGAUCCGCUGUCAUAAAAUCCUUUAUCAAACACACCACGCCUCUGAAGGCGGAUCCAAAAAUGAACAUGGGUACUGUGGCAAAAGAGCGCCUCAAGCUGGAAGCACUUAGAAAGAAGCAGGAACAGGAGGAAGAAAGGAUGAGGAAAAUGGAGGAAGAAAAGAAGAAAAAACAGGAAGAAUUGAGAAGGAAGAGGGAGGAGAGGAUAAAAAAAGUAUUUGAGGCCAAAGUAAAGGAAGAGCAAAGGGAAGAAGAAAAGAAAAAGAAGAUUGAACAAAAGAUGGCUCAAAUUGAGAAGAAUGAUAAACGUCAGGCUGAUGAGAAGGCUAAAAAGAAGAUGGCAACGAAGCGCCAAGAAGAGCUGGAGCAAAAGAAAAAGUUGGAAGAAGAAGCCAGAAAGAAAAAGAUUCAGCAGGAGGAAGAGAAACGACAGCAGGAGCUGGCGGCAAAAAAGAAAGCAGAGGAGGAGGAACAACAAGCUCGCAAAGCACUGGAGCUCAAGAGGGAGCAAGAACUGGAGCGAGAACGGCAAGCUGCCGCUGAAAGAGAACGGGUGGAAAAGGAAAAGGCUCUUGCCUUACAGCGUGAACUGGAGAGAGCAGCCAGAGAGAAGGAAAUGAGAGAGCUGGAGCAGAAAAGGAAAGCGUUGGAAGAAAAAAGGAAACUAGAGGAGCAGCAAAGACUGGCUGUGAAAGAGAGAGCUCUUAAAGAGAGGGAAGAAGCGAAACAGAGAGAAGCUGCUGCUAAAACACGGCCUGCUGACCUGCUGAAUAAAACCGUUGAUAUUGAGUCGGUAAUGAAGACACCUGUAGGGAAGAGUGGUCUAAAUGUUACUGUGGAUUUACAGGAAAUGUCUCCUCAGUCAUAUAGCAUCACUCCUAACGGUGGAAAUAAGAAUUUGAUCAUUUCAAAGAAUCCAGAGGAUUAUGGAAUGGACCAGAACAGCGACGAUUCUACAGACGACGAGUCUGCCCCGAGGAAACCCAUUCCCUCCUGGGCCGAAGGUCCUAUUCUGAAACAGCUAAUAAUGAAGCAAUACUUCAGCCCUCCUGAUUUGGAUGCUUUCUUUGGGCCUAUUGAGCCACCCAGACUGGAGGACAUUUUCUACAAAAGCAAACCCCGAUACUUUAAACGCACCAGCUCUGCAGUGUGGCACUCUCCUCCAGCUGGAGCUAAGUGAGACCUCUACACUGACACGGAAUGGGUGUUGUACACUGCUGUAUAAAGUUUAUAUUUUUGUCUGUUUCAAAUAAAGUAAUAUGCAUUUUCUGUGCUUUUUCUUUCUUUUUUUGUUUGUUUGUUUUUUUUUUUUUCAGAUAUUGAGAACUUGUGAAAUAGAUGACUUAGCGAUAAUUUGUUUGUAACAUGGGGAGAAACGUACAGUGCUGGGAAUGGGGGGAUUUAUUCUGCCUGGUUGUGUUCUGUUGAAUUUCAUCUCAUUAGCAGUUUUAUUCAAAAUAUGUGCUAACCACGUGUCACUAAGCAGUUAAACAAGUGUGAUUCGGUUUUUUUUCCUUUUGAUUUGAAUGAAAUGCUUUGAGAAAACCAGCAGAGUGCAGUAUUUACCAAAAAGUUUGUAACCCUGAUGUCUGGGAUGGUUGCUGGUUUGGAAGCUGCGCUGGUCUCAUGUAGAGGAUUUAAAGUGAUAUUUUUAACCUUCCAACACUGUAACAUUGAUUUGAUUUGCAAUAAAACUGAAGGCUAUCAGUGUAACCUAA